AUGGCAUCAGCAGCACGAACUGUGCUGACUUUCCAGCGCAAUGCAAAGAUUCAUUCCUUACAAACACUGAUCACGGCAAUUCGACCAUUUGGCAGCUUAGAGGCUGAGAAUCGUGAGCUAUUUAAGCAAGGCACCGAUGAAGACUAUGCCGUCGUUACAGAAGAGACAAUAUUUCACCCGCAAGGAGGAGGCCAGCCUUCAGAUGUCGGGAAGAUGACGGAUGAAGCUGGGACUUCAUUCAUUGUUGCAUCUGCUCGUAUGGAUGCUGUUCGCGAUGGCCAGGUGUUGCAUUUCGGAAGAUUCGGCUCAGACAAGAAGUUCACAGAAGGACACAGCGCCACGCAAGAAAUUGACGUUGAGAAGCGUCUUCUCUACUCGCGAUAUCACACCGCCGGCCAUGUUCUCGGUUCAGCAGUCAACCAUCUCCUCAAAGACACAGUCGAGGGCUUUGAGGAGCUUAAAGCCUCUCACUUCCCCGACUCAGCAUCAUGCGAAUUCCAAGGCCUCAUUGACGGAAAGUACAAAGAGCCCAUUCAGAAGAAAGUCGAUGAAUUUUUAGCGGCCAAGAUGCCUGUUGAGAUUGACUGGUGGGACGCCGAGGAGUUUCGCAAGAAUGGUCUUGAACACCUUACACCAGACGCAAGCUUCUUAGGACCUGGAGAGACAAAGUUUCGUGUCGUGAGAAUUGUUGGAGCGGAGGUUUAUCCAUGCGGUGGAACGCAUGUAGACACUACGGAUCUGUGUGGUGAGACGACGGUUAAGAAGAUUGCGAGGAGUAAGGGAAAGUCAAAGGUCAGCUAUUUGGUGAAAUGA